AUGAGUACUUCAACUACCAAAGACAAACCCACCGUCGUCUGCGUCUUCUGCGGCUCAGUCGGGGGCAACAACCCAGUACACAUGCAAGCCGCCAAAGACCUAGCGCGCGCCUUCCAUGAGCAGAAUGUGCACCUCGUCUAUGGCGGCGGCACAAAUGGGCUCAUGGGCCAUAUAGCGCGCGAACUCGUGCGUCUCUCCGGUCCCGAGGCAGUGCACGGCAUCAUCCCCAAGGCUCUCGUGAAGGUUGAGCCAGGAUACCAGCAACAAGACGAUAAACCUUCUGCUGCCAAAGAUGAAGGAGCGCCCGAUAUCCAGACCCAAGAAGGAACUGGCAAAACUCACGAACGCGUCCUCAAGGCCGACAAGAGAACCGAGAUCAUUGAAGCCGAAUACGGCAUCACCACCAUCGUACCAGACAUGCACACCCGCAAACGCCUCAUGGCGACCAAAGUGAUCGAGGGUGGGCCCGGAUCCGGGUUCGUAGCCAUGGCGGGCGGAUUCGGCACAAUCGAAGAAGUAAUGGAAAUGACGACGUGGAAUCAACUGGGGAUCCACAAAGUUGGGAUAGUGCUUCUGAAUCCAGAGGGGUAUUGGGAUGGAGUUUUGGCGUGGAUUAGGACUGCGGUUAGGGAAGGAUUUAUCUCAAAGGCCAAUGGGGAGAUAUUGGUGGAUGUGCACGAGGUUAAGGAUGUGUUGCCCAAGUUGAGGGAUUAUCGGACCAGUGUUGAUCGGUAUCAGUUGACUUGGGGUGAGGAGUGA